AUGCAGUCUAUUGCCAAUGCCAGAACUGUAAGAAAUGGUGAACAGGAGGGGAGAGGAAGAUGCUUCAGUGCAAGCUGGCGGGGCAGAGCCAGGUUGGUUUGGGUGGAAGGCCUCCUGCCAAAGCUGGACCCAGAGAAGAUGAAAAGGAAUAUGCCUGAGGAGGUGCUUUCCUCCAUAAAGAGGUUCCUCACUUACAUGGCCCUGUUUCAAGUCACUCCAUUUCUCUUGAAGAAAUUGCACAGCAUAUGA